AUGAAUAAUUGUAUUCUAUUCCUUUCAAUUAUAAAUUAUAUUUUCUUUAAAUAAUUAUGUCUGAAAAAACAUCAAUCAAAGUAGAAUAUUACUAGUACUUAUUUUAAAAUAAAAGUACCCAUAAAUAAACUGCUUUUUGAUUAAUAAGCAAGUGCAUUAGUUAAAUAUUAUAUUUUAGAGUUGAUCAUAUUUAUAAGAAAAAGACCUUUCAAUUUUCCAAUAAAAGGUUAAUUGAUUCUGAUUAUGAAAAUUAGAUGGUGCUAAAGUCAGAUAAAACUUUAGACUCCUUAGAAAUAACAAAUCCAUUGUCAAAAAUUAUUAAAAUUUUGAACCAUAAUCUACUUAUAGAUAGCCAUCAAGAAUAAUUAUAAAUAAUCUGAUUUAUAAGAAAGGUCAUGUUCGGACAAAGAAUUCCAUUAAAACAAAUAGAAAUUAUUAAUUAGGAUAAGUUACAUACUAUUUUUUUGAAAAUCACUAAAAAGUAAAUAUUGGAG